UUUACUCGGAAGUGAUAAAGUUGCAAGCAUUAUAUUGUAUUGCCGGUGAAAUUCACAUGACUUUUGGUCUGUAAAAUUGUCCUGUAUUGCAUUGCAAUUGUAUUGCAUGUUCUAUAUAGACUUAAUGUCAUUACUUUUGUCUGAUACUAACAUUUGAAUUCUAUUAUGUCGGGAAGAAGUGUUAAUAUAGCUAGGCUCUGCAAUAGUCGGUUGUUGUCAUGGUUGAAGGGUCCAGCUGCCUGUGUGGGACUCGUGGGUAGCACCGCCAACAGCAGUAUGCAUGGGCCUAGCGUUUCAAACUAUACGCAAAUACAACACAAGCAGAGUUAUAUUACAGCAUGGAGUAACUCAAGGAUGCCAUAUCGAAGUGUUCGUUCAUACCAAGGCCCCCUUAAAGCAGUUGUAUUUGACUGGGGAGGAACAGUAGUAGAUAGUGGUGUGAUGGGUCCAGCUAUAACAUUUGUCAGGAUUUUUAAGGAAGAAGGAAUAGAUAUUACAGAUGAUGAAGCGAGAGGGCCUAUGGGUUCACACAAAAGGGUACAUAUACAGAGGGUGUUGCAGAAUGAUGGGGUACGCGAUCGAUGGUUGGCGCAGCAUGGUAGGGAGCCAACGGAUGAUGACAUUGAUCGCAUCUAUCACCGCUUCAUUCCAGUGCAGCUGGAAGUACUUAAGGACUACUGUCAAAUGAUUACAGGUGCUGUUGAAGCUGUGCAAAUUCUGAGGACUAAGUACGACCUUAAGAUCGGAUCCUCCACUGGGUGGAGUUCUGAAAUUGUGAAUGAGAUUAAACCAAUAGCUGCUGCAGCAGGCUAUGUACCGGACUGUUACAUAGCGGCAGAUGAGGUACCCCAAGCAAGACCCCUUCCUUACAUGGUCUGGUUGAAUGCUAUCCGUAUGGAUGUUCAUCCUCUAGAAGCUGUAGUAAAGGUUGAUGACACAUUUGACGGCAUUAGGGAAGGGACCAGUGCUGGAUGCUGGACUGUAGGCGUUGCUAAAUAUGGAAAUUACGUUGCUGCCACUGAAGAUCAGAUAGGGAAAAUGAAACCACAGGAAUAUGAACGCAAACUCCAACGUGCUUAUGAAGUGCUCUCCGAUGCCGGCUCGCAUUACGUAGUUGAUAGUGUUGCAGACUUACCCAAUGUUGUUGAAGAUAUAAAUCGUAGGUUAGCAAGGGGAGAACGGCCAUAAGUUAAAGCAACACUUUCCAAACUUAGGGUUGGAGCCAAAUUUUGGGAUGCCAAUAUUUUCCAGUGGGUCAUGAAAAAAAUGAAGAGAAAAAUCACAGUAAUAUUCAACUCUGAGAGUGCCAGUCUGGCUAUCUAAGUGUUCCAUACCUAUAAAAUAUCAAAACCUGAGGCCCAAUUAUGGUGUGACUGAGGUAUGUACUCAGCAUCUGAAAGUCCCUCACUGGGCUCCCCAUAAUUUCAAUUCCUCAAUCCACCACUAAUAAUGAAUGCUAUAAAAAUGCAAAUACACGGUCCUUUAAUAAAGAGUAAAAAUACUGGACAAGCAAUUUGUUUGAGCAUAGGUUCAUCCCCCCCCCCUCACCUUCUUAGAUUUUUGCAUGCACCACCACAGCAAAAAAAAAAAAAAUUCGAUAAACCACUUUUAG